AUGCCACGCUCAAGAGGCAGGAAGCGGGCGGCUGAGCCUAGCACUAGUGGGUCACCCCGCCGUCCAGGCCAGCCUCUGACAGCAGAAGAGAUCCAGCUCUUGCUGCAGGAAGACGACAGCGAUCCUGAGGUCCGGUCAGAAUCGGACGAUGACAGCGACUGGGAUGAAGAGCCGGAAGCUGUCACCGACUUCACAGAAGUGGACGGCGAGCCGCAUCAAGCUGCCGCUGCUGCUGCAGGGACUCCCGGUCCCAGCGGCGAUGGCCAUGCCGUGGCUCCCAGCUCAGACAGCGAGGCAUCGGAAGACGAAGCUGCUGACCGCCCGGCGGCCAACUUCACCCGGGUGGAGCAGGCUGGUGGCCAAGAGCUGUCAAGAACAGGGUGGGUGUGGACCACGGUGCCGCCCAAUCACCGUGUCCGUGCCCGCCCAGGCAACAUCAUGCGCGGCAGCCCGGGCCCAAAGGGAGCGGCGAAGGACGUCAACAUACCGAAGGACGCGUUCGGCCUCUUCCUUCCAGAUAGCCUGCUAACGCAGAUUCUGGAACGGUCGAAUGAAGAAGGAGAGCGCCUCGCAGCAGCAAGCAACCGCACCCACAUCCCCGUGACGCUGAUGGAGCUACGGGCCUUCAUUGGUCUCGUUCUCCUGCGGGGUUGUGAGGGCGACCGCCGCUGCAAAAUCGACGACCUGCUCUACGGGCCUUUCUCAAGGCCAUUCUACAGGGCGACGAUGACGAAGAACCGCUUUGUCUACAUAAAGCGGAUCCUCCGGUUCGAUAAUCGAGCCGACCCAGAAGAACGGCGCAAGAGGGACAAGUUUGCGGCAAUCCGAGAUGUCUUCUCGGAUUUCAACAGCCGUCUGGCCAAGUUCUACACGCCGUCAGACUGCAUCACCGUCGACGAGACGCUGCGAGCCUACCGUGGUCGGUGCGGCUUCGUGAUCUACAUGCCGAACAAGCCGGACAAGUACGGCCUGCUGUUCCGGGACGUAGCAGACGUCCGAUCACGCUACAUGCUGAACAUCAUGCCGUACGCCGGCAAGGCUGAAGAUCCUGACCCUGAGCUCCACAUCACCGGAGCGUCCAACGUGGUCCAUCAUCUGGUCCGGCCGUUCUAUCGCACCGGCCGGAACGUGACCGCCGACCGCUUCUACAGCUCGGUGGACCUCUGUGAGGAGCUUCUCGCAGAGGGCCUCACCUACGUCGGCAAGGUCAUGGCAAACCGUCGACACCUGCCGGAGGACGCAAAGAAGACCGAAGGGAGAGAAGUAAACUCAUCGAAGUUCUACUGGUCCGAGAACAUCAUGGUGACGUCCUACAACAAGAAGACCAACAAGAACGUGCUGCUGCUGUCGACCCAGCACGCCAACCCGCUGGUCGCCGCUGACGGCAAGAAGAAGCCCGAGGUUAUGUUGUUCUACAACGAGACCAAGGGCGGAGUCGACACGGUCGACCAGAUGAUCGGCACCUACACCUGCCGGGUGGCGACGCGGCGCUGGCCCUUGGCUGUCUUCCUGCUGAUGCUGGACGUGGCGGCUCUCAACGGCUGGGUCAUCUGCGCGGCAUCCGGGUCCUUCUCGGACACCAAGCACGGCGACAGGAAGCUGUUCCUGAGGGAGCUCGGCCUCUCCCUGGUGAAGCCGCUGAUCCUGCUUCGACCUGCUGAAGGGCUCACCAUGAAGACAAGAGCAGCCAUCGAGAACGUCCUGGGCAGCCGUCUACCGGCCCAGCCGCAGCCACGCCGAGAGCCCACCACCGCACGCGCCAGGUGUGCCACCUGCGUGGCAGACCAGCAGGGUGCCGGCUACAAGCGCAGUCGGCACACCAACGUGAACAAGGUGAAGUCGCGGUGCUGCAAGUGCAAAAUGCCGGUGUGCCGCAAGCACAGCAAGCGGAGCCUUCCUCUCUGCAACAGCUGUGACGCUGGCCCGUCCGGCGUGGAGUGA